CACAGCGUGGGAAGGCUGGGAGGGAAAGAGAAAAGCACAAAAGAGGUGCAGAGGCAUUUCGUGCCAGGUCAGAACGCAUCUGACCCAAGCGGUUGCUGAAGUUGUAUGGAGGGGGCUGGUGGGCUGGGAUCAGGCUACUUCACGCCGAAGACGGACUAGAGAAAGUUGGAGGCUGCCUGAGCCGCAUUUCUCGCGUUGCUCGCAGCGCUGGAGACUCGCUCGCUCCAGCCCCGGCGCCGUCUCUCCUCCGGCUUCCUCAGAGAGGACCGUAAACAUGGCAGUGUCCAACAUGGUCUUUUCUGACGUUGAAACUUUUCUUGAUAACCACCCCGAGCUGUUCGAGGACUACCUGAUCAGGAAAGGGAAGUACAGCAUGGUGGAGAAAUGGCUCAAAAACCACCAGGCGAGUAAAAGCACCGGGAAUGCCAGCGCGGAGCCGGACAAGCCGAGCGCGUGCAAGGACAGCUGGGCGAGUAAAGGCGACGGGCUCCAGAGGCGUGCGUCGCAGAAAGAGCUGCGCAAAACUUUCGCCAGGUCCAAAGCCGUGAACGCCAACAGGACGUACGACGAGCACGUCAACUCGCGGGCUCAGGAGCCGCUGACCAGCAUGCGGAGGCGCGCGCUGCUCAGGAAAGCCAGCUCGCUGCCUCCGACCACGGCGCACAUCCUGUCCGCGCUGCUCGAGUCCCGGGUCAACAUCCCACAGUACCCGUCCACUGCCGUGGACUUCAAGUAUUACCUCAAAGAGCACAACGAGAGGGAGUUCUUCCUGGAGCUGGUCAAAGACAUUUCCAACGACCUGGACCUGACGAGUCUGAGCUACAAGAUCCUGGUGUUUGUGUGCAUCAUGGUCGAUGCCGACCGCUGCUCCCUGUUCUUGGUGGAGGGGACGGCCAACAAAAAGACUCUCGUUUCCAAAUUCUUUGACGUGCACGCCGGGACCACCGUGCUGCCCUCCCUCAGUAACUCCGACGAAGUCCAGGUUCCGUGGGGUAAAGGGAUUAUAGGCUAUGUGGCUGAGCACGGAGAGACUGUUAACAUCCCCGACGCGUAUCAGGACCAUCGUUUCAGUGAUGAAAUUGACAAGCUGACGGGUUAUAAAACCAAGUCUCUGCUGUGCAUGCCUAUUCGGAACAGUGAUGGAGAGAUAAUAGGAGUCGCACAGGCUAUCAACAAGAGUCCCAGCGGAGCACUCUUCACUGAGGAUGAUGAGAAGGUGUUGCAAAUGUACCUGCCUUUCUGUGGAAUCGCCAUUUCCAAUGCUCAACUCUUCGCUGCGUCCAGAAAGGAGUAUGACCGGAGCAGGGCUCUGUUGGAGGUGGUGAAUGAUUUGUUUGAGGAGCAGACAGAUCUGGAGAAGAUUGUGAGGAAGAUAAUGCAUCGUGCUCAAACCCUGCUUAAGUGUGAACGCUGCUCUGUACAGCUACUGGAGGACAUUGAGUCUCCGGUUGUGAAGUUCACUAAGUCCUUUGAGUUGCUGUCACCAAAGUGCAGUGCAGACACUGAGAACAGUUUUAAGGACAGCAUGGAAAAGUCCUCAUACUCUGACUGGCUGAUCAACAACAGUAUAGCAGAGCUGGUGGCCUCCACUGGCCUGCCGGUCAACAUUAGCGAUGCCUACCAGGACCCUCGCUUCGAUGCUGAGGCAGAUCAGUUCUCUGGCUUCCACAUCCGCUCAGUCCUGUGUGUGCCCAUUUGGAACAGCAACCAUCAGAUUAUUGGUGUGGCACAGGUCCUGAACAGGUUGGAUGGGAAACCAUUUGAUGAUGCAGAUCAAAGACUGUUUGAGGCGUUUGUGAUAUUCUGUGGGUUAGGGAUCAAUAACACUAUAAUGUACGAUCAGGUGAAGAAAUCCUGGGCCAAACAGUCGGUCGCACUGGAUGUGCUGUCGUACCAUGCCACCUGCUCCAAGACAGAGGUGGACAAGUUUAAGGCAGCUAAUAUCCCUCUGGUGUGUGAGUUGGGCAUUGAUAAGCUAUCCUUUGAUGACUUCUCUCUGGAUGUGGAUGCCAUGAUAACUGCUGCCCUGCGCAUGUUCAUGGAACUUGGGAUGCUGCAGAAAUUUAAGAUAGACUAUGAGACUCUGUGUAGGUGGCUGCUGACUGUAAGGAAGAACUACCGUAUGGUUCUGUACCAUAACUGGAGGCACGCGUUCAACGUCUGCCAGUGCAUGUUUGCCAUGCUUACUACGGCAGGAUUCCAAGAGACACUGUCGGAGUUGGAGAUUCUGGCUCUAAUAGUGGGCUGUGUGUGCCAUGAUCUGGAUCACAGAGGAACCAACAAUGCCUUCCAAGCCAAGACGGGUUCUGCGCUGUCUCUUCUUUAUGGGACCUCAGCCACACUGGAGCAUCACCACUUCAACCACGCCGUCAUGAUCCUGCAGAGUGAAGGCCAUAAUAUCUUCUCCAACUUGUCAUCAAGGGACUAUGGAGACCUGAUGCAGCUGUUGAAACAAUCCAUCCUGGCUACAGACCUCACACUCUACUUUGAAAACAGAAGCAGUUUCUUUGAGCUGGUCAAUAAAGGAGACUACAACUGGAACGUUAAAGAACACAGAGAUAUGUUCAGGUCAAUGUUGAUGACAGCAUGUGAUUUAGGAGCCGUGACCAAGCCGUGGGAGAUCUCUCGCAAGGUAGCAGAACUGGUCACCAGUGAGUUCUUUGAGCAGGGUGACAGAGAGAGAUCCGAGCUGAAGCUGACUCCUUCUGCCAUCUUUGACCGAAACCGGAAGGAUGAAUUACCAAGUUUACAGCUGGAAUGGAUCGAUGGUAUCUGUUCUCCACUGUAUGAGACUCUUGCCAGAUUGAAUCCUAAACUCCAGCCGAUGGUUGACAUGAUCCAGGCCAACCGCGCUAAGUGGGACGAGCUCCAUCAGAAGAGGCAGCGCAGCCAAGAACUGGUGAAUCCUGACAUUCCCUGCGAGGGCUUGAGCGGCUGCACCUGUUUGGGCUCUAGUGACAGUGACGCCCCAAAACCAGCCAGUUAGCUCUCGUCUCACCGCCUCUGCCCUUUGACCUGUAACCCAACCGCAGCGCUGUGCAUGUGGGGCGUUUUGGCUCUGCUGUGAGCUUCCAGCCUCUGGAGCACUUAGGGGGCUUUGAUCCCACUGCGCCCCCUCCAGGGUGCAUGUAUGAACUCUCUCUCCACUGUGAGGGAGAACUUUCAGGCAGCUGUGACUGAUCCUUUCUGUUUGGCUGCAGUGCGACUCCUGCACGCUUAGCUAGCACUGGUUUUCUCAACCCAGAGGAGUGGCUGAGAUAUGUUCUAGACUCAGGAAGAGACAGUGUCUUUAGAGCUAGGAUGCAAACAUAAACGCUACAUUGUAUCAGCAGGCCUGUUGUGUUCGGUAGCUCUAUUGCUAGGAUUGAGUAUCGCCACUGUUUAAACAAGUAUAUUGUCAUUGUGUAGUUUCUUAAUGUUGCUUUGAUCAUGUUAAAUCAAGACAUUUUCAGGGGUGCGUGUUUGGGGGCUUCAUCUGUUUUCUAUUGUACAUAUUUAAUUUGAGGUAAUGAGAUAUGAGAGAGUACUGCAUAGUAUGAGUUUUGAUGUUGGGUUUGGCUCUGUUUCUCAGCUGAUGUAAUUACUACUGGAUCAGGGGUUUGCUGAGUGUCAAGGCUCGUGGCAAUGCUUGCAAUGCAAAUACAAUACAGUGCUGCUCUUUGUGCCUUGGUUAAAAAUCCUUCAUAAAAGAUGCAUGCAGUCCUCUUCCAGCUUCAUAAUUAUCUAGAAACUAUGUUGUAUAUCAUUAAGAGUUGUGCAGCCGGUAUGAUGUCUUAAACUCCCUCUGGAUUUGUGAUGUUGCUGCUUGUGCCUGUUUUGGCUCCAUUAAUUAACUCAGGCGUGGUGCGAAGAGGUCCACGCAUUACCAUAGAACAUUUACAUUAGCUCGCUCAUCUAUAUUCACACCUUACCUUAUUAGGUUUGAUCCAAGCAUUAGUCAUACUACUUUGCAAACUGAGGUAUAGAAUUAUCCUUUUGUUUAUUGAGUUUUUAUUAGGCUUUUGUGUAGGCUAAACCGCAACCAUAUUAUUGUCAUGAGCCCAGUCUGAUAUACAGAAAGUACAUGUGCCUUUGUAAAGACUACCAAACUACAGAAGAGUUUAUCUUACACAUAAAACUGUUUUUAAUUCAAACCAAGCGAUAUCAGAAUUAUUGAAAUAUUUAGCCUAUUUAGUAUGAACCUGCUUUGACUCUUUCUCUAUAUGACUAGUGGAGAUUUAACAACAUGGACAGUUUUGCAGCUUCUUUCUUACAGAGAUCAUAAAUCUAGCAGUACUACUGUCAGAGAAGAGGUGGGAUGUAGUGUGAAGAGCUUAUUACUGCUACAGUUUCCGCCUCCACGUUCCUGAUCACAUACAUAAGCUCAAAGAAAGGAAAGGGGGAAAAAAGAGUAAGCACAAACUUUACUAUGGAAUCCGCCAAACAAACUGGGCUAACCAAAAAUAAGUAAGAGCCAAAUAACUGAUCUUUAAACCUACAGAGUUCAAUAUCGCUAGCUGCUAUGUGAAGCUUCUCUGCUGCCCUUCAUGCCCGCUGCCA